UACUGUAUAAAUUGAAAUUAAAUUCUAAUUUGCGAAUCAAAUUAUAUCUACUAUCGCAGCGGAUGAUAGAGCGAGUGUGAGCGUUUCAAUAUCGCUCACGUGAUUAUAUAGUAAUAACGAGUGCGGGUAUUCAUAAAAAGCCAAGUUAGAGUCACGUUUUUAAUGGAUUUGACGUAUCGACCCAUUCUUGAUUAGAGAAUUAAUUAGAUUUGCUCUGCACACUUUGCUGAUCUCUUGAACUCGAUCGACAGAAGUUUACGUACACACGAGUUUUCUUUCACCGAGAGAAACAAGUGUACAUACUUUUCUUUUACACACCUACGCAUUGAUAAGACACGUGUGAACGUUCGAUAAAACUAUGGCGCAGGUAAUGCAGCCGUAUGGUCAGCUGGUCCCGACACUCGUUUAAAUACUGCAAACAGGUUACAAUAAUUGUGAGUACGAUCCUAACCUGACUCCUUUUGCGUCGUCGACUACGUUUCCUGCGUUCAUCGAAUCGUUAGCAAAUCGUAGUUUUUCAAAACGGACAUCAUGGCAACGUCCGAGAGCGACGAUUUCGAGAGUGCCGACGAGGAGAUGAACCAGCAGGAAUCGUCGAGGAGGAACAAUCGACAGCAGCAGUGGAAACCGACGACAAUCGACUCCGAGUCGGACGACGACGCGGAAUUCAUUCCUCAUCAAGUUUACACCAAUACUAUUUACAAAAACAGGGAAUCAUAUCAGCCGGUGACGGCUGCAUCAGAACAGAGAUCCGCUGCGAAGGUCAGUGACAACAGCAAAACUAAGCAAGUCGAUGUCAAAAGUUGCGAAAGGGUAACAGAUCUGAGCGUUAGCGACGAUAAAAAAAAAGUAAAGUCAGAUAAGGAUGAGUCGAAGGCUAGUGAUGAUGCUAAUAUGGAGCAGCAGUGCGACACGUCUCAGUCGAACGAGAGCGAAAAGGAUCGCAAGCAAAAAAAGAUAGGCACGAAGAAGCUGGGAACGAGAAUUUUCACCAAUCUCGCCAGUGAUAACGUAGCACGCGUUGACAAGGACGUAUUGACAUCUGAGGAGAGUCUUCUUAAUAAAUUGUCUAUAAAGGACGAGAUAACAGAGUCUGACAUGCCCGAGGAGAUGAAGUCAGACAAGACUUUCAAGGAAGUGUUCAAGACCGAAGGCUGGGAGGGAUUGGAGGAUGAUCUUACGCUACCAGAGGAAUUGGCAGAGGAGAAACUGCAACCGAUAUUGAAGACAUUAUCGCAGUCCGAUCAGGAAGGCGAGAAUUCUUCUGUGGGAUGGGGCUGGGGUAACUGGGAUGUGAGCACUUUGAUCAACACAGCGAGUGUUGGAGUUUCUACUUUAACUAGCCAUGUGUCGCACGGACUUACGCUUUUGGAAGAGACCAUGGGACUACCAGAUGAACCUGUUGAAAAUGAGGAAAAAGAGGAGGACAAGACAACCAGCGAAGAUAAAGAGCAGCCCAAAGAGCAAUCGUCGUUUGGGUUUGGAAACCUUAUAUCAGGUGUAUCUUCGAUAACGAAACUAGUUGAAUCCACUGGAAGCAAAGUCAUGAGUGGUGGACUGGACACUCUGGAAGCCAUUGGUAAGAAAACUAUGGAAGUGUUACAAGAAGGCGAUCCAGGGUUAAAGAAAAAGAGAGCUUUCUUUUCGAACGAGCCGGAUAAGCCUAAUUUAUCUCAGGUGCUUCGGGAAGCUAAAGAGAAGGCGGAAGCCAAUGAGAAAACAAUUGAAGAGAAACAGAAAUUGAGGAAAGUACACUUUGAGAGUUUGUUCGACGAUUAUCAAGGAUUAGUGCAUUUAGAAGCUCUCGAAAUGUUGUCGAAACAGAGUAACAUAAAGAUACAACAGCAUUUAAUUGAAUUGGACGGGGAUGAAUUGAAUUCUGUACAGAAAAUGUUGGAGGAGGUCGAAGAAUUGUGUGAAUUGGGCGAGGAAGACGAGGACGAAGACGAGGGCGAUGAGAAAGAUCUGAAGUUCAAACUGCAAGAGGCUUGUAGCGAUCUCGGGAUCAACAUCACAUACGACAAAUUGCACAGCAUUGUCGAGGAUUCGAAGGUCUACAUCGCUGCACCUACUCAGAACGACAGAGAGCUAUACGAGAAAGCUAUUUCCACUCUCGCACAGUUCACAGCGUUUUCCGUGGAAAGGUUUCACAAGACUGCGGAACUGCUUUUAAUAAAGGAACACAGGAGCACAGUUAACGAAACCGACUCGUUAGUUCAGCUGACGAAUAUUCUAUCGAAAAGACUUAGCCAGUUGGCCAACGAUUAUUGCAAAUAUUUAAACAAAAUCGAAUCGUCAGACAAUACCGAGGAUAUUAAAUCUAAUAUAACGACGAUUUUCAUGGAGGCUUCGAACGCGAGCUCUUAUAUUCAAGAUGCCUUCAAACUGUUGAUCCCCAUUAUACAAGUCGGUGCAUUAUAACGAUCAACAGGUUUCGUAUUUUUCUGAACGAGUUUAAACGGAUAAUAAUAGCGUGCACUCUCGCAUAUGCAAAUUGUAAAAAAGUAUAACGAUAAGUAACUAAUUCAAACAUUUAUAACGUUGUUCUUCUAAUAAAAAGUUUUCAGUU